AUGGAUACCGCCAUUGACCUCUCCGAUGCCUCAAAGGCCUUGGAUCUAGAUAAUAUCCGUUUUCAACUGAUUCGACUCGAAGACACAAUCAUCUUCCACCUAAUCGAACGAGUACAGUUCCCAUUGAACGCUUCCAUUUACGACCCUAUCGCUCUGCCGGUGCCUACGAGUAACCUCGCACUCCCUCCCAACAUCUCCCUGGCUGAUUACCUCCUCUCUGAAACCGAGCGCCUGCAUUCCACUGUGCGCCGAUAUGAUGCCCCGGACGAAUACCCUUUCUUCCCGCAAGUCCUACAGCGACCCAUGCUUCAGCCGAUAAAGUACCCAAAACUUUUGCACGACAAUGAUGUCAAUGUGAACGACAUCAUCAAGGAGAAAUACAUCAAAGAGGUAUUGCCUGAAGCCUGUCGUAAGUUUGGGCGUGAGGAUCGGGGCGAGACUAAGGAGAACUACGGAAGCGCUGCAACUUCUGACGUGGCCUGUUUGCAGGCCUUGAGCAGGCGGAUUCAUUUCGGAAAGUUUGUGGCUGAAAGCAAAUUUCGAGCGGAAACCGAAAGAUUCGUGAAGCUCAUCAAGGCUGAGGAUCGGGCGGGAAUCGAUGCCGCCAUCACCAAUGCAAAGGUCGAGCAACUGGUCCUUGAGAGGCUGCGACUGAAGGCCAGAACGUACGGCAAAGACCCUUCGGUUGGCAGCACCAAUACUGCUGGUGGAGAAGAGAAGCUCGAUGUGGAGGCGGUCGUGAAGAUGUAUGCCCAGGUAGUCAUUCCCUUAACCAAGGUGGUCGAGGUAGAAUAUUUGAUGCAGAGGCUGAAGGGCACUCAAUGGGAAUGA